AUGGGGGAAGGCAAAGACUGGGCAGCCUUACAAUGUGAAAAAAUUAUUUUGGGAAAGGAGUUUUGGCAGAAAGCAACAGAGCUUUGCAAAGUUCAUGAGCCCCUAGUCAGAGUAUUGAGGUUGGUUGAUGGGGAUGAGAAGCCAACAAUGAGUUUUAUAUAUGAAGCUAUAGAUAGAGCAAAGUUGGCAAUUAAAAGAGAUUGUCGCUACUACACCGAGUAUUGGAAAAUUAUUGAAACUCGAUGGUCUUUUCAAUUGCAUCAAGAUUUGCAUGCGGCUAGAUAUUUUUUAAAUCCUCAAUUCCAAUAUGGUGUUAUCUCAUCCAAUGAAAUGAUAAGAGAAGUGAUGGAUGGACUUAAAAAAGUAAUUACCAGACUGGAGCCUAAUAUGGAUGCUCAAGUGAAAGCAACAAAUCAAUUGUUGCUGUUUCGAGAUAAACAGGAAACUUUUGGUACUCCUUUAGUACAAAGAGCAUGGAAACAAUCAAAUCCAGUUGAGUGGUGGAUUAUUCAUGGCAGUUGUGCUCCUGAACUUCAAAAAAUAGCUGUGAAAUCUCAACCAUACGAAGACGAGGAAUAG